AGCUGUAGCUUCAUGUGCUCAAUUGGAUGAUGGGCUGGCCAGUCCUAUGUCUUUCAGUCAGACAAAAGCAGCUUUUGGUCAUUGCCAGCCUCUUGCUGCCUAGCUCUGCGCAGAGAGCUUUCAAGAUCAGCAGCACCACGUGUAGUCUCACGGCGGAUGCGACCAGCUGUCAAGUUGCUUCUGCGGGCGAUGCCGCGCUUCAAGUUGCCUUUACGGCUGGGGCAGCAACAUCUCUGACGCUGGACAUGUCCUCAGCAACAACCUGCAGCGCUACUGGUCUAUUCUGUCCGCAGGUGUUCAUGGUCAACUCAGACCAUUCCGAAAAUACGGUGAAGCUGUCCAAGUGUGCGUUCUACAAGCAAGCAGACUACAGCACACACCUCCUCACCUACACUUUCAUGAACCUGGGAACUGCCGCUUUCACAGUGCAAGAUGAUCAUGGAGUUGGGCGUGCAGUCGUUCCGCCAGGAGCGAUUCGGGAGUGCUUUUGCCACUGUGCUGGCACGUGUUCAACUGCCACCAACAAUCGCCUUUACUGUUUGCACAUAAGCAGGUGAUGAUGUCAUUGAGCUCAACAGCCACUACAAGGUCAACAUGGGCAAAGUGCUGGUCAUAUGCCUUUCAGCAAUGGUGGCUCGGCGAAGCAAACGGCCAGCCCCGGUUGCGAGCCUGCGACUCUUCUUUCAUGCAGCAACGUAGCACGUGAGCGCUGGCGAGUGGCUUCACCUGUACAUAUGACUUGCCUUGCUAGCUUCUAGAGAGAAGAGUCGCGCGCGUCGUUCAA